AUGCCAGUUGCUUCAUGUGUUUACCUUACGUUCUGCAUGGCAUUACAGGGCAGAUUUGCAGAGGCUGAGUCAGAGUUUGUGAAGGCUGGAAAACCGAAUGAAGCUGUACUUAUGUAUGUCCAUAACCAGGACUGGGAUGCAGCUCAGAGAGUUGCCGAGCUUCAUGACACAGAUGGUGUGGGGCACGUCCUGAAAGGCCAAGCUCAUUUUGCUUUUGAACAAAAGGAAUACCAGAAAGCUGAAGCCCUGCUUCUCCGUGCUCAGAGACCAGACAUUGCUGUGCACUAUUACAAGGUAAAGAUCCAUGUCAGCAAACCAGGACAGAGUCACUUAAAUCAGAAAAAAAGGAGAUCCUUGUUCUCGUGGCGUUGCUUUCACCGAGUUCAAAGCAUUUCACUCUACCUCUUGAUAACAUUAUG